UUUCCUUGCGUCUCUCCUGCAUCCACGUUGGAGGGAGUAAAAGUGAGGGAACCGUGGAUGCAAUUUAAGAGACUUGGGGUGCAGCCCAGGGGUUUCCUCUCUCCUCCAGGUGCAUUUAAGGGAUUGGAAGAUCCUCCAUGAUGGCGGGGAGAGGACGGGUCACGGAGGAGAGAGGAGGAAGCAUAGAAUUAGCGAAUUGAAAAGCACCUGUUGUAAAUGUGAAAUUGAGAUUAUUGAAUAUCAGUCCGCUAGGUGGCACUGCAACACUGACAUAGUGGCCAGUUGAGAGUUCAGCACAUAGUAGAAGAAACUAGUUCCCGCUGUGCCAUAAAAACUGUUGUGACCCAGCUGCACACUUCCUUCACCAGGAGCGAGUAAAACUCCUCCCUGUUCAAACAGAAGCUUCCCAGAUGUACUACUAUCGCUAUGACAACGCUGAGGUCAGCUGCUGCUACAAAUACCUGAUGUUCAGCUACAACAUCAUCUUCUGGCUAGCUGGAGUCGCCUUCAUUGCAGUGGGUUUCUGGGCGUGGAGUGAAAAGGGAGUCCUGCUGGACCUGACCCAGGUGACCAAGCUGCAUGGUUUCGACCCGGUCUGGUUGGUUCUGGUGGUGGGCGGAGUCACCUUCAUCCUGGGCUUCGCCGGCUGUGUGGGAGCCCUGAGAGAAAACAUCUGUCUGCUCAAGUUUUUUUCGGGAGUGAUCGGCUUCAUCUUCUUCCUGGAGCUGACGGCGGCGGUGCUGGCAGUGGUUUUCCAGAGUCAGGUCAGAGAGUGGAUCAACGAGUUCUUUCUGGCAAACGUCAAAGCGUACAGAGACGACAUCGACCUGCAGAACCUCAUCGACUCCCUGCAGAGGAUGAACUACUGCUGUGGAGCUCAGGAUCCAGACGACUGGAAUCUGAACGUUUAUUUCAGCUGUAACGGGACUCAUCGCAGCAGAGAAAAAUGUGGAGUUCCUUUCUCUUGCUGCAUCACUGAUCCUGCUGACUCGGUGGUGAACACUCAAUGUGGCUACGACGUGAGAAACAAACCAAAGAGCGAGUGGAGAGAUCAUAUUUACAUCAAAGGCUGCAUUGCUGCGUUAGAGGACUGGUUACCUGGAAACCUUUACACUGUGGCCAUCGUCUUCAUCGUCAUCUCUCUGCUGCAGAUGGUGGGGAUCUACCUGGCCCGGACUCUGAUCGCCGACAUCCAGAAGGUCAAAUUCAGUUACUGAACCUGGCUUGCGGGGGCGGAGCCUCCACUUGCAAGGGGGCGGAGCCUCCAUUUGCAGGGGGCGGGGCCUCCAGCAGGUGCUACUGGACCAAGUUUCUUCAGUCAGAUGUGCCUUCCUCUUCUCUGCUGUGUCUGCGUCACCUCGUUUAAUCCCCUCGGUCCUCUGGUGAUGUGGUUGCCAUGGUGACUGAGAACAGAUCUGUGCCUUCACUUUCCUGCAGUUUCAGAUUAAACAUCACGUGUGUGAUGCAGCGCCGCCUCACCGCCACACUCCAAACUGCUGCUCCUGCAGGACUUUUUCUACUCUGUGAAUGUUUAUUGAUCCAGUGUGUGACCUUUGACCUGAUUGGCUGUUAUUGUUCAUCAUCAUCAUCAUCAUCAUCAGUGACCCCAGCUGGGGUUUUUUCAGGUUAACUCAGGUCUUCUUCUUCUCUGACAUCAAACCUGCGUCUGUUUUUGUUUUUCUGCUUUCACGGUUUAUUUUCUUCGUCCAUUAAUCAGCUCGUUAUUUCCUCAAUUAAUCAGUUUAUCAUUUCAUGUAUGAAGCAAAGUGACGUCUUGUUCUGUCUGAAAGCAUUAAAUCAAUAGUGGGCAAAUAGCGGCCCGCGGGCCAAAUCCGGCCCUCCAGCAAAAAUAUUUGGUCCCCCCAAAGUUUUAAUGUGUGAAUUUUAACAGCUGAAAUUCCACAACAGAAAGAGGUGACAAACUAACAGGAACAGUUUCAACAACAACAACAACAACAACAACAACAACAGUGCCUUGAACUAUAAAUGACGUGUUUAUCACGUGUGAUUAAAGUGCGUCUGUAGUGUCAAAGUGCAACACAGAACAUACAUGAGUCACUUUUAGCCAAAUCAGUGUUAACGUUAGCUGGAACUCUUUUAGCCUCCAGUUCAAAUAGAGAAAAAUAAAGAAUAGAGAUUUGUGUCUGUUAACGGCUCAGCCAAUGAAAAGCCCCGACAGAGCUGACCUCAUAGCAUUAAAUGAGCCUUUGAUGGGAAACGGUUUGUAAAAAUCUGGGUCAGUGAUGUCAUACAGGUGUUUCUCUCAGACUCUAAUUAAAGAACAUUGUUAAUAGUUUUUCUCCUGCAGGAACCUGAACUCACCUGCAGAAGAAAAACCACAGAAGAAGAAUCAAAUCACAUUAGAAACAGAAACAAUCUGAAGUUAAAAUCACGGCGUGUUCCUUUAAAUCGUCUCCGAGGGACGGCUCAGGUCAUGUGACUUGUUUGGUUUUUUUACACUGGAUUCGUGAAGCUCCGCCUCCUCCUUGUUAACGAGCUUUGAAUAAAGUUUUGAAUGAGUUUUUUGUAUGAAAUAAAGUUUUGAGGUUGUUUGUGUCUAUCUGAACUUUUUCUGCUUUGUUUAAUUUUUCUGAUUUGAGUUU